UGGCACAACCUGCUCGUCUCCUUCGCCCAUUCCAUCGUGUCUGGAAUCUGGGCGCUGCUGUGUAUAUGGCAGACCCCGGAGUUGCUGGUGGAGAUUGAGACGGCAUGGUCGCUUUCUGGCUACCUGCUAGUUUGCUUCUCCGCAGGGUAUUUCAUCCACGACACGGUGGACAUCGUGAUUAGUCAUCAAGCCCGAGCUUCUUGGGAAUACCUGGUUCACCACGUCAUGGCCAUGGGUGCCUUCUUUUCAGGCAUCUUUUGGAGCACUUUUGUCGGUGGGGGAGUCCUAACAUUGCUGGUGGAGGUCAGCAACAUAUUCCUCACCUUCCGCAUGAUGAUGAAGAUCAACAAUGCCCAGCACCUUCUCCUCUACCGGGUCAACAAAUACGUCAAUUUGGUCAUGUACUUUCUCUUCCGCCUGGCCCCUCAGGCCUACCUCACGCACUACUUCUUGCGUUAUUUGGGCCAGAGGACUCUGGGCACUUUUCUGCUGGGUAUCCUGCUCAUGCUGGACAUCAUGAUCCUCAUCUACUUUUCCCGUCUCCUCCGCUCAGACUUCUGCCCUCAGCGUGUCCCCAGCCAGCAACACAAAGACAAGUUUUUGACUGAGUGA